AUGCCAACAGGAAAUAUAAUAAUAGACUCUGUGAACCGUUUUCUAGAUGAGUUGUACUUUGGCAAAGAAGAAGUGCAGCAGCAGCAGCUGCUGCUGCAGCAGCAGCAGCAGCAGCAGCGUGCGGCUGCAGCGGCGGCAGCUGCGGCGCGGCCAGAAACAGCAAACAAGUGCAGAGGCAGCACAGACUACAGGGCCUUUUUGCUUUCUCUUUGUUCUUUUCCUUCUUUUCAAAAAGCUUCUUUUCCUCCACUUCCUGCUGCAGUGCAGCAGGGGCGUUUUGCUGCUCUGGACCCUUUUUCAAGAGAGCUGCUGAGUCAGCUUUCCCAGGAGGAAGCAGAAGUGUAUUUGCCUUACAUUCACUUCCACAGGCCGCUGCUGCAGCAGCAGCGGCAGCAGCAGGAGCUCCUGCUGCAGCAGCAGCUGCAGCAGCAGCAGCAGCAGCAGCAGCUGCGGCAGCAGCAGCUGCAGCAGCAGAACAGAGGCAGGAGCACCCCGAGGGAGGCGCGGCUGCUGCGGCCAACGGCGGUCUAUUCCGGCAGAAAAGACAGCAGCAGAAAGGUAAGCAGCAAAACAGCAAGCAACUAG